UCGACGCUGUCUUCGUUUGCGUAUUGGAUGAGAUGCACCGCGAAGUGGUUGUCGCAUUGGCAAGCCUCGGAGGACUGCACAUCAUGUGCGAGAAGCCGCUGGCAACCACUCUCCAUGAUUGCGUCGAGAUGUACACGGCGCUGGAAUCUAACAAGGUAUCCGGGGGGCAACAGGCCGUAUUUUCCAUCGGACAUGUUCUGCGAUACAGCCCGCACAACAUGCUGCUUCGCAAGCUGGUAAUACGGGACCGUGUUAUCGGCGAUAUCUUGUCUGUCGUGCAUACAGAACCUGUUGGGUGGUGGCAUUUUGCCCACAGUUACGUCCGUGGGAACAGGCGCCGCGAGAGCACCUCAGCCCCGAGUCUCCUCACUAAGAGCUGCCACGACAUAGAUGUGCUGCUCUGGCUACUGUGCUCGCCCGCAGACUGUUCGGCCCAGGAUUGCCCUCCGCCCCAUCUGCCAACCACCGUCUCUAGUACCGGGUCGCUGCAGUACUUUAGACGAGGUCGGAAGCCAGUAGAGGCGGGCACAGCCACCAACUGCCUCUCGUGUCCCGCCGAGAGUACCUGCAAGUAUUCGGCAAAACACAUAUACGUCGGCCCAGAACUGGCGGGCGUCGAGACGGGCAACAAGAGGUGGCCAGUAAGCAUAGUGCUCCCCGACAUCGAGUCCUAUGGGAGCAGCGUGGAGGCCAAAGAUGCUAUGCUCACCGAGCUGGCUAAGGACUACGAUGCGAGAACCCCCCAGCCAGAGAUCGCUCGGCGCAACUGGUUCGGAAGAUGUGUAUAUGAAAGCGACAAUGACGUGUGCGACGAGCAAGUAGUCACACUCAACUGGGAUGAUGACCCGUUGCCUGGGAACGCUGAGAUGGGCGGCCGCAAAGCGAAGACUGCAGUUUUCCACAUGGUUGCCCACACCAAAAAGAUCUGCGACCGGUAUACACACCUGUACGGCGUUGAUGGCGAGAUCUUUGCCGACUCGACCACCAUCACCAUCGAAGAUUUCCGCACCGGCCGGACAACCGUCCAUCGUCCGAAAGCCGAGGGUCAUGGCCAUGGCGGAGGGGAUAUUGGUCUUACCCGCCGAUUUGUGCUGGCUGUUGACAAGGUUAAGAAUCAUGGCUGGCAUACUGACAGGGCACAGAGAGAAAUCGUCGGAUGCACUGUGGAAGAGGUUAUUCGUAGCCAUGCUAUGGUGUUCUGCGCUGAGGCAGCGCGGCGCGGCAAGAAGGUGGUCGAUUUUCCCGAGUGGUGGGCGGCCGAGGUCCAGGGUAAGCCGACACAGGCUCCUCCAGCCUGACUGAUUUGAAUUCUCCGUACACUGCGCGAUCAAGAUUGCAAUGCAAUGCAAUGAUAUUCUGGUUUAUAAA